ACUAGAGGCGCUUAACGCUUUUCAGGCUUGUUUACAUCACGUAAUUUUGUUGUGGUCCUAAUUAACUCAUUUUUUGUGCAAUUGUUCUUGAUACUCACGUGUGUUUCUUAAUCUAUCUUGAUACUGUUGAUUUUCAGUAAUUAGUCUGUGUUAUAAGAAUUCGAAAAACGAAGGUAAAACCAAGCCAGCUGUAAUUUAUAUUUUGUUCAUUUCAAAUAAGUGUUACAAGUAUCCUAAAAUGGAUGAAGAUAUGAAUGUUAUUCCAGCUAGACCUGAAUCUGAAAGUUCAUUUACUACGGAUGAAGAAGAUGAAGACAAUAAUGUUGAAAAUGAUGUGGUUCUCAACAGCGAGGAUGAAAAUAACAGACGUGUUGAAGGAAUAGACUAUGAUCCAAGUCUACCAGCUCAACACACAUAUCUUGGAAGUAAUUUGCGUGAACUGUCCGGUCGUGUUGUUCUUGACGAUGAGGCUCUUGUAACUCUUCCAUUGCUUACUCUACCUGGUGUUAUCUUAAUUCCUGGUCAAAUACUGCCAUUACGGCUAGAGCAUCCAGCAAUGAUUGCUAUGAUGUUAAAUGCCAUUGAGAAAGAACGAACUUUUGGUAUUUUAGCAACAGAUUCUGAUGUUGGAACUACCGUAGAAAUUCGAAGUUAUUCCAGAGGAAUUGAAGAUGACGCAGAAGAAUCAGUCUUAAAAUUAAAAGCCGAAGGACGUCAGAGAUUUAAACUGAUUGAAAGAUGGAGGCAAGAUGAUGGGUUUGUGAUGGGAAAGGUUAAAAUUAUGUGUGACAUCGAAAUAGCGCAUCCAUUUGACAAAAAUUUAGACUUCACUUCACGAGGUAAUAAGUAUAAUUAUAAAUUAGUCCCAGCAUCUACAGUAUGGCCAUCCUUUGUUUUCCGAAUGUAUGAUUCACACUUCAUUAUGCACAAGAUUAAUGAUCAGUUGAGAAACUGGGCCAACAUAUCCAAACCUAGCCCUAGCAAUCCUGCUGUUGAUCAUAAAAUUAAAGAUGUUCAACAAACUGUACACGAAACUGAAGAUACUGAGGGAUCCAUACAAAUAAGAAAGACUGUUGUGACAACAAUUAGACGUGACGAUGACGAUGAAAUGGAAAGUAUUGAAUCAAGUGAGGACGAAGAGGAAGACGCACAAGAUUUUUCUCAGACGCUUGCAUCGCCUUAUAAAUACUCAUAUUGGGUUGCUGCUAACCUUCCGCUUUCAGAUGAUCAAAGAGUUGAACUUUUAAAAAUACCCACUACAAUUGGAAGAUUACGUUUUGAAUAUGAUCUUCUUCAAAAAUGUCUCUUCUUAUGUUGUAUACAAUGUGGGUCCAAGAUAUGUACAAGGGAAGACAUUUUUUCAAUGUCCGUUGAGGGUCCACUGCAAAAUUAUGUUAACCUAUCUGGCCAUGUUCAUGAAACAUUAACAGUCUAUCGUGUCUCCAAUCUUGCCCUAGUCGGUCGCUCAUCUACUCAACAAAGCUGGUUUCCUGGUUACUCAUGGACAAUUUGUGAAUGUUCAAAUUGUGGACAUCAUAUUGGUUGGAAAUUUAUGUCAGUUAAAUCGACAAGACCUGAAUAUUUUUGGGGAAUCUCAAGAGCAAAUAUCCAACCAAAAAUGAAUUAGAUUAUCAUUUCACUCGUUUCAAUUUGCCACAAAGUUUUCUCUUCUAUAAAUUUAAGCAUGAAGAAUUCAAAGACUUUACUUUAUAUCAGUAUCUAAUGUAUUAUAGACACUUAUUUGAAAUUGUAAAUUUACUUUCGCCCCAUAAUUACUUCUGGCAAACCACAUUUGUAUUUACUUCAUGUAUCUAUAAAGAUGUUUCGCACGUUACUUCUAGUCUCGUGAAUUGACAUUAGUUUAAGAAUUACUGUUAAUUUCUCUUACUUGAAAUAAAGCAUUUUGUGCAAAAUUCA